GCGUGAUUUUUGGUCUGUGUGUGUGUGUACUCUCUACGUUUCCUUUCACCAGCUUGAUAUCCACGGCUUCAUGCUGUAUGCUGAAUGUAUGGAUUAGCAGUAAUCAGUGACAGCAUCAUGACAGGAAGUUCAAAAAAGUGUACUUGAGCACACAGAUGUUUUCUUCCUAGUACUACAAGUACUGAAGCUCCCCCAUCUGCCAUGCGUUUAUAUGCCGUAUAUCCAGUAAUACUGAAGCUCAUUAAUGUAAUGAGCUGCACAGCAUGCAACACUGCAGAGUAUGAAAUUCAUGGAGAAUGCUGUCCAAUGUGUGCUCCUGGUCACCAUGUGUUUAAACACUGCAACAGUCAGUUAGGGACGCAGUGUAAAACGUGUACUGGAUCAACCUACACUGAUGCUCCGAAUGGACUGACGGCAUGUCUUCCCUGUGCUGUGUGUGAUGAAGGUAAUGGAUUACAUGUAAAACAUAAGUGUUUGUACACUUCAGAUGCACACUGUGAGCCUUUGACAGGAUAUUAUUGUAUAGAAACUCAGGGUGAGAGCUGCAGAAAAGCCAAACAGCACUCCACCUGCGUUCCUGGACAAUACAUCUACCAGAACGGAACAUCAUUGUUGGAUACAAUGUGUAAGGACUGCUCAGAGGAGACAUAUUCAGAUGGUUUAUUUAUGCACUGCAAACCACAUACAAAAUGUGAGUCUUUGGGGCAGAUAACAAUCACACAAGGAACACAGUCGAGUGAUGCAGUGUGCAGCCAUAUACCGUCACAUCUGGGCCUCAUCAUUGGGAUUUUGGUGCCAUCUUUAUUGGUGCUGGUCAUCUUGAGCGUUUUACUUUGGGUAAAAAAAAGGAAAAAUUCAUCAUUUUACCUGUGAAUAAACAUUUUAUAUACAGCA